AUGGUCUCAACAGGCAUUCCGCUAGAUACCGCUACUAUAAUUUCAACAGCGCUGGAAGGCAUCUUGUUUGGCUUUUCAGUUCUCAUGUUUAUGGGCACAAUGUGGGCGUCGAUCCACUACAAACGUGACGCAAAUCGCCCGAUCGCUUUGGCGGCAAUCCUGCUGUUGAUAUUAAGCACUGCACACUUGAUCGUAGACAUCAUUCGUCUCCAAGAUGGAUUUGUCAAGUAUCGCGACAUCUUUCCUGGCGGACCAGUGGCGUUCUUCCAAGACAUCAGCCAACCAACAUUUGUGACAAAGAACCUGAUAUACGCCUUGCAAACUAUGAUUGGCGAUGGGGUGGUGAUUUAUCGCUGUUAUGUCGUUUGGCAAUCCGUUCGGGUAAUCAUUCUACCAAUCAUGCUGUGGUGCGGCUCCUCAGUGGCCGCUUUAAUCGCACCCUACUAUGCUUCGCAGGCAACUGGCGGAAACGUCUACACUAAUCAGACUGGACAAUGGAUCACGGCGUUGUUUACCUUGACACUUUCAACUAAUCUGAUAAGUUCAGGAUUACUUGUGUAUCGCAUCUGGACGGUGGAACGUAAAAUCUCUCAAAAUCGCGCUACGAAUGGCACCAUGAUGCCCAUCGUGCACGUGCUUGUAGAUGCCGCUAUCUUGUACUCUGCAGCCCUGGUGACCAUACUAAUAUGUUUCAUCUGCGCGAACAACGCCCAGUAUAUUAUGCUGGACAUGAUCAUGCCAAUCAUUUCGAUUGCCUUCUACAUGGUGUUGAUUCGCCUUACACCCUGGAAAACUACUCCAAAUUUCCUCCCGAUGGCUUAUAGCGGGGAAAUCGAAAGAAGGAGUUCGCAGCGAUAUUCCAUGAAGCCUUCGCAGGUUCAUGUAUCUGAGUGGACACAGAAUGAUGGUCUAGAGGAAGAAGUGAAAACUGAAACAUAG